CAAAUACCUUCCUGUGAAAGUGGGCCUCGCGUUCAUAGAUGCCAGUCCUCCCCUCCCCAAAACCCAGCACAAGCAAGGGAAGGGAGGGCACCUCUAGGCUCCAGCCAUGGCGCAGCAGCUGCUGCUCCUCCUCCCCGCCCCUUCCAGAACUUUCUUGAAGGCCCUCCCCUCUCCCUUUCUCUCCUACCUCCCCCGGCGCCACCUUGUCCCCGUUACCGCCGUUCCCGUAGCACCCGGCAUCCGGCGGGGCCUGCUCCGGUACGCGACGAAGCGUUCAAGCUUGGUCGAAGAACUGGAGAUUGCCAAGGAGAAGCAGCCGCAUAGCAGGCGCGCCAAUGGCAUCUUCUGGAUCUUGCUGCUCAAUUUCGGCAUCUACAUGGCCGACCACUUGUUCCAGAUUCGGCAAAUAAAAUCACUAUACCUGUAUCAUGCAUUCCCUUCAUGGUUCCAGUUUGUGACAUCAACAUUUUGCCAUGCCAACUGGAAUCAUCUUUCAAGCAAUUUAUUCUUUGUGUAUAUCUUUGGAAAGCUUGUCGAGGAGGAAGAGGGUAACUUUGCUCUCUGGAUGUCUUACAUUUUGACUGGUGCUGGGGCAAACUUGAUUUCAUGGCUAGCUCUUCCAACAUCCUCUGUGUCACUUGGAGCAUCUGGUGCUGUUUUUGGCCUUUUCACCAUUAGUGUUCUAGUUAAGAUGUCAUGGGACUGGAGAAAGAUUCUUGAAGUGCUUAUCCUUGGACAAUUUGUUGUUGACAAGGUCUUGGAAGCAGCACGUGCAACAACAAUCACGGGCCAGUCAUUUCAAGUGAACAACGUCGCUCAUGUGUCAGGUGCUUUGAUUGGUGCCGCGUUGGUGUUUCUGGUUAGCAGAAUCCCUUUUUCAUCCAAUGAUGAUAAUCCAAAGGCAACAAAAAGAGUAAAUAGAAAAUAAAGAUUUGUCAACAACAUUAUCAACCUAACGUAUUACUAUCAAUUUUUCAUUCAUUAUCAUUCCUUCAUAUGAUAGCUACCUUUUGAAAAUUCAGUUGUAACAUUUCUGAUUUAAAUGAAAGAUACAUCUGAAAGUUCAGUGCCGGAGUAUAAAGUUCGUUUGUAGACCAA